AUGGCGGAGGCUGGCGAAGGCAAAGCAGAGGCUACAGCUCCUCCUCCAUUGGAGAUUCCAGGAGAGGUUUCGCCAUCGGUGUUCCCCAAGUUGCUGAUGAAGUUGCUGAAUGAUCAGGUGGCUCCUGAUGCACUCUGGUGGUUGCCCGACGGCGAAGCCUUUGCCAUGGAUCCACAUAAAAUUGGACCAGGGGUACUAGACAAACACUUUCGAGGUACCAAACUUACGAGCUUUGUCAGGAGACUUCAUAAUUGUGGCUUUCGGAGAACUACUAGAAAGUACAAGAAGGAUCUUAGCCUGGGUCUUCCAGAGGCAGUUAUUACCAUGAGCAAUGAGCAAUUCUUGCGAGAUUCACCUGAACUCCUCGAUAACUUCACUAUCAAACCAAUCAGAGAGAAACAUUCCAAAGUGAAAGAAGCAAUAGGGAAGGCGAAAGAAGGAAUGGAAAAGGAGAAAAAGGAAAAAGAGCAACUGGGCAAGCAGCAGAAGCAUCCUGUUGUCGAAAGCAGCAACGUGUCUGCCACUGCCUCCAUUCCACAGUCUGCUUCCGUGCCAAGAGUGCUCGUUCCACAACCAACCGCUCAGCUCCCAGCUGCUGCACUCAUGUCAAUCAACCCGGCACAGCAAGCAACCAGACGAGCCCAAGAAUCUGCUGCUUUGCUAGCCCUCCAAGAACAAAUUGCAAACAACCAACCCCAAACUACUGCUCCUGCAAUCUCAUCGUCGCUACAGGAGAGGGCACUAUCCCUGAUGCAACGGCAGCAAGAACUAGACGAAGAGAGCUCCCGGCUCCGACAGCAGAUUUUGAUGGAAUCGUUCCUGGGCACUGGCGACAGCACCACCACCACCAACGCUACGAUUACCAAUCCCUUGCAAGCACUGCUGAUACCUCCCACUGCGCCACCACAAGUCGACUUGCCGCCGCAGCAGCGCACAAGAAGUGCUGCCGAGCUCUUGAUGGAUGCCAGACAGAAUCAGCUCAUGGAAAACUUGGGGCUGGCAAGGACACCACGCACUCCUGGGAAUGACGCUCCUGGCCGAGAAGCUGCGGCACCCGCAUCUCCGCCCGGACGAACAUUCCAAGAAGAAGGGGAUUGUCCAAAGGAAGAACCAUAG